AUGCAUCCUCACUGCUUUCUCGAUUUCGGUUCCUGGUAUUAUAAACAAGUGCUAUCUUUUACCUGGUUGUGUGGUGGUAAUGGUGAAAUUUCAUCAUGGGGAGGAGCCGUUGACAGAAUAGGAGUUUCGGCAGGAUCCGUUGACAAAAUAGGAGUUUUGGGAGGAUCCAUUGAUAAAAUAGGAGUUUCGUCUCCUCCAUCAACACUUCAAUCUACACCUGAUCUUGUAUCAAACUUUGGUGAAGAGGCAACGGAUAGCUGCAUUAUUAAUACAACAGAUCUAUUAACCGUAACAACAACAAAGGCUUAUGAUGAUAAUGCAUUACAAACAAUUCGAGAUACUAUCCUCAGUACAAAUACAAAUAAUGAAGAUUCUUUAUUUGAUCAAACGUUUUCCAAUCUUGGUGAUGAUAGUUCACGACAUGCGGUUAUUCGAAAACGAUCAGCUGGUUCUUAUUUAUUGAAUGCACAAAAACAAAUCAUCACACGUAACACUCAUAUAAAAAAUUUGUCGGAUAAUUGUAAAAUUGGUGAUUAUUUUGGUUUACAAAGCGAUAAGGUUGAUCGAAUAAAUAUUGACGCCAAAAUAUUGCCGUGUGUUCUUAUUGAAAAGAAGACGAUAUCUAAAUAA